UGUUUUAAUGUUGUAGGUUAAAGUGAAAGUUAACACGAAAAUGAACGAGACCUGCUCCCUCUCUGAUAACCAGGACUUAUUUGUCGUGGCUAUAGACUUCGGAACCUCUUACACUGGAUAUGCGUACUCUCAGAGGGAUGACUUUGAAAAGGACCCACUGCGAAUCAUGGGCAUGAGGAUUGGGUCUACCAACAAUCAUGUGUUAGCAAAGGAACCUACCUCAGUGUUGUUGACUCCGAGUGACAAGUUCUAUGCUUUCGGGAAAAGUGCAGAAGAUAUCUACGCUGAGAAAUACAGUAGUGGCGAAACCGGAUGGAGGCUUUUUAAAUAUUUCAAAAUGAACCUUUAUAAUACAGAAAACAAGAAAACCAAUCGAGAGAUGAUGAUUGAAGAUUGCAAAGGAGUUCCGAUGCCUGCAAUGGAAGUAUUUAGGAUGUUGUUACGUCACCUUAAAGAAACGUUUGCUAGACAACUAGAGGAAUCUAUGAAUGGCAUUUCAGAUGACUUUAUUAGAUGGGUUAUAACUGUGCCUGCUAUCUGGGAUGAUUCCGCCAAACAAUUUAUGAGAGAAGCAGCUGAGAAGCCCGGUAUGAAGAAGUCAAAGAUAAUUCUUGCCCUUGAACCUGAAUGUGCUGCAAUGUAUUGUGGCACGAAAUCUCUACAGCUGCGACCUACUCUUCAGAGAGGAGUACAGCAAUUUAUAGGUCCUGGUUCAAGAUACAUGUACGUCCUGCUAGACAUCGGAGGUGGAACAAUAGACAUAACAGCUCAUGAAGUAAAUAAGGAUUUCCUCUAUGAUGAGCUAUUUGCUGCUAAUGGUGGGCCAUGGGGAGGAGAUAAUGUCAAUUCAGCCUUUUACGAGUACCUUUGUAAGAUUUUCACGAAGGAAAAAUUUCUGCAGUUCUGCCAAAAUUCACCAGACGGACUGAACGACCUUGAAAUAGACUUUGAGAGAAAGAAGAGGAUAUUUGGUGGUAAAAAGGAUGUGGAUAACAAAUACAUUGUCAUAAAAUUGCCAUAUUCACUUUUCAAGGAUUUUCCUCUCGAAACCCCAAGAGAUUUGGCGGUCAUUGAAAACGAUAAGUUAAAGAUACCCGUGAAUCAUAUGCAAGCCUUUUUCGAAACCACCCUCAAUAAAAUAUCAACCCAUAUUCGAGAAAAAAUGAGGAACAAAGAGCUUGAAAACAUUAACAAAGUCAUAAUGGUGGGUGGUUUCAGCAUUGCCAACAUUGUCAAAGAUCAUUUGAAAUCAAUAUUUCCAGGAGAUACAAAAUUCCUUUGUCCUGAUAACUCUGAAAUAGCGACUCUUUUAGGUGCGGUGAUAUACGGGCAAACUCAGAUCCAUAAAUUAAGUCCCCAAAAGCGAGAAUGCUCAAAACAGACAAUAAUCACUCCAAUGAUAAAUUCAAGAAGAAGUCGGUAUAGCUAUGGCAUCGACUCGCAUAUUUGUUUUAAUCCGAAAAAGCACCCAAUCAAUAAGAAAUUUAAAGAUGGCAUGGAGGAAUUCUGCAAGGACGUUUUCUGGGUUCUUCUGAAGGCUGGUUCAAUUUUACACCCAACCCUUAAAGGAAGAAUGUCGACAUUCACAAUUGACAAAACUGCCAAAACGUUAGAUGUUGAUAUAUAUAGAACUGAAAGCCCAAACCCUAAAAUUAUUGAUGAACCAGAAUGUUACAAGUUAGGAACGCUAGUUGUGGACAUGAGUGAAGAUGUAGGAACUAAAAACAGAGAAAUUCAGACUGGUCUUCAGUAUAACGAUACAGAACUGAGUGUGUUUGCUAUCAAUAAUGAUAGGAUGAUCAAAGCUACAUUCGAUGCCUUGAGCACCGUAUAAUAUCCAACCAAUAUGAAUAGGCGUUUUUUAUUGAUACAUGUAUAUAUUUAAGGAUGGUCUAUGCUAUUACGGAUCCGGUUUUUAUGACAAUGAUCAUAAAAUUCUGGUUACUAGUAUCACAUGUCUGUCGAAAUAGUUAUUUUAGAUGAUAGUGAACAUUAUACAUUAAUGAAUUGUCAUGUCUGAUUUUAUAGAUUUCAUUCACAAGGACCAUUUGAUAGUUAACUCAGUCGCAUCAAUUAUCGGGUUCAGAUGUGGAUUUCUAGUUUCUAUUGCCAAUAUUUUUAUUAAUUAUCUAUAAUAAUUUACGUAAAACAUUUAUACUC